CGCGCAAUGAGCCUCCGACUUCCUUUACCACGGUCUGUCCCGAGUCAAGAUGCGAAUACCGUCUGUCUGCGAUGUUGGAGGAAGCUGUCUCGCGCAUCAAUCCCGCGCAGACAGCUCUUCUCCACGAUGCCUUCUGCGCGACAAGGUGCGGUAGCUGUGGAGAAGGGUCGGACGGCAAUUGGAAAGGAUUACUUCUGGCCGAACUCAUUCUUGAGGGAGGCGUUUGCCAGUUCAGUAGGUGGAACAAGAAGGGAAUUGCAAAGCUCAGUUUCGAAGUCGGCGUCACGGACAGACACCGCCCCAGCAAUUACACAAGAACCGACUCCCACACCCAUAGAUGCGAACGAAGAAGUGCUUCCCCAUCGCCGCAGGAAGAAAAGACGAGACGAAGCGGAGGCAAAUUCCAAUCCCUCAGCAAGCUACCCAAUCGCCCCGGAUGCCUCUGCGCAACUAGCAGCACUCUCUUCCAGCCUCCCCAACCGCUCCAUCCGCCGACUCCUCACCACCUACCUCUCCCUCUCCAAACCUCGACUGACCUUCCUCGUCGUCCUCACUUCGACGGCCGCGUACUCGCUCUAUCCCGUUCCAGGCCUGCUAGCCCCCGCCGCAACCGCAACCCCGUCCCUCUCAACACUCACACUCAUCUUCCUCACCACCGGCACGGCCCUGUGCUCCUCCUCGGCCAAUGCCUUGAACAUGCUGUUCGAACCCGCGCACGACGCCAAGAUGAGCCGUACGCGGAACCGGCCGUUGGUCAGGAAACUGAUAAGCCCAAGGGGUGCUCUCGUCUUUGCGAUUCUCUGCGGCGCGGCGGGGACAGGCGCCUUGUACUACGGCGUCAACCCCACGACGGCCCUCCUCGGCGCCGCAAACAUCGCGCUUUACGCGGGGGUGUAUACGCCCAUGAAACGGCUCUCGGUCCUAAACACGUGGGUCGGCGCCAUUGUGGGCGGCAUCCCCCCCUUGAUGGGCUGGACCGCUGCAGCCGGACAAUGCGCGCACGAGGGAACGUGGCAGGAGCUGCUGUUCGGCGAGGGCACGGCGGGAGGGUGGCUACUCGCUGCUUUGCUGUUUGCAUGGCAAUUCCCGCACUUCAAUUCCCUCUCGUGGUCCAUCCGCGACGAGUACAAGUACGCCGGGUACCGCAUGCUGGCGUGGGUGAACCCGGCGCUGAACGGGCGCGUGGCGCUGCGGUACGCGCUCCUCACGUUCCCCAUCUGUAUCGGGCUGUGCUAUUGGGGCGUCACGGAUUGGGGGUUUGCGGGCACGAGCAGCGUGGUGAAUGGGUGGAUGGCGUACCGCGCGUGGCAGUUUUGGCGCGACAUGGGCCACAAGGGGACGGCGAGGGGAUUGUUUUGGGCCAGCGUGUGGCAUUUGCCGAUUGUCAUGGUGUUGGCCAUGGCGCAGAAGAAGGGGUUGAGUGAGAGGGUGUAUAGGAGUGUUUUUGGGUUUCCUGGGAUGGAGGAGGAGGAGGAGGAGGGGGGGGAGGGGUUGUAUGAUGAUGGGGAUGAGUUGGAGGGGAAGCAGAGUGGGUAG